AUGUCAAGUGCCCAACAAAGCUACAAUGCAGGCCAAGCUAAGGCCCAAACUGAAGCAAGCUUUCAAGCUGCUAAGGAUUCAGCCUCAGCAGCAGCAGAUAGGGCUCAAGCAGCUUACAACACCACAGGACAAGCUCGUGAAGAAAACAAAGAGGAAGCUGCUGGUUUCCUCCAACAGACUGGGGAGCAAGUGAAGAACAUGGCUCAAGGUGCUGUCGACACCGUCAAGCAUACCCUUGGGAUGGACAAAAAUUGAACGAAC